CCGGAUUAGAGCCUCUUGAAAGUGCCGCCUCCUUCACCUUCCUCCCUCCCUCGCCGCCGGCGCCUUCCCAGACUCCUCUCCGGGUAAACAGCGAUGGCCGCAGAUGAAGGAGGCGGAGAACAGGAUAACAACAUGGGGAACCACUUGCAGCUUAUUCCCGCAGAGAGUGAGGAAGAGGAUGAUGUUGAAAUGGAAGUUGAAGAUCAAGACGGCAAGGAGGCUGAAAAGCCAAACACUAUUAAUUUUGAUACUAGUCUGCCAACUUCACAUAUGUAUUUAGGAUCAGAUAUGGAAGAAUUUCAUGGAAGGACUGUCCAUGAUGAUGACAGCUGUCAAACAAUUCCAGUCUUACCCCAUGUGAUGGUAAUGUUGAUUCCUGGGCAAACAUUGCCUCUUCAGCUCUUUCGGCCCCAAGAGGUUAGCAUGGUGCGGAACUUAAUACAGAAAGACAGAACAUUUGCUGUUCUUGCAUACAGCAAUAUACUUGAAAGAGAAGCACAUUUUGGAACAACAGCUGAAAUUUAUGCCUACCGAGAAGAACAGGAGUAUGGAAUUGAAACAGUCAAAGUAAAAGCAGUGGGAAGACAGAGGUUUAAAGUGCUUGAAAUAAGAACUCAAGCAGACGGAAUACAGCAGGCAAAAGUACAAAUCCUUCCUGAGCGAGUGCUGCCUUCUACUAUGUCAGCAGUGCAGCUGGAGUCUCACAGCAGAUGCCACAUAUUUCCUUCUUCCAAGCCUGCAGCAUGGCAGGAUCAACAUAUACAUCAAUGGCGGCAGAAAUAUCAAAAGCGCAAGUUUCACUGUGCUAGCCUGACUUCCUGGCCGUCUUGGUUGUAUUCGUUAUAUGAUGCCGAAACCUUGAUGGAACGAGUGAAGCAGCAACUUCAUGAGUGGGAUGAAAAUCUUAAAGAUGAAUCGCUACCAUCAAAUCCAAUAGAUUUUUCGUACCGAGUUGCAGCUUGUCUGCCCAUUGAUGACAUACUGCGAAUUCAGUUACUUAAAAUUGGUAGUGCUGUUCAGAGGCUGCGUUGUGAACUAGAUAUUAUGAACAAAUGCACGUCUCUCUGUUGUAAGCAUUGUCAAGACACAGAAAUAACUACUAAAAAUGAAAUAUUCAGUUUAUCCCUAUGUGGACCUAUGGCUGCGUAUGUGAAUCCUCAUGGAUACGUGCAUGAGACCCUUACUGUGUACAAAGCCUGUAACCUGAAUCUGAGUGGCAGAUCUUCCACAGAACAUAGCUGGUUUCCUGGGUAUGCAUGGACUAUAGCCCAAUGUAGGAUCUGUGGAAGCCACAUGGGUUGGAAAUUUACUUCAACAAAGAAGGAUAUGUCGCCUCAAAAAUUCUGGGGAUUGACCCGUUCUGCCCUGCUGCCAAGGAUUCCAGAAAAAGAGAAUGAAUCUGGUCAAAGAUCACUAUUGCUUUGCCUGUGACCUUGUAACCUUACUUUGGAUGAACUAGAAGCGGUUGGUGUCUCUUAAAGAAAUGUUAAAUGCUGCAUCUGAUGUCUGAUUAUAUUAAAAGAUCAGUAUCUUUGAGCUUCAUGCAGAGAAAAGGUGCUGUUUCCAAAGUUUAAUAUUUUGAAUUUGGACUUUUGGAGGAAGAAGUACCAAGUGUGAAAUGAGACUGGGAAAAGCAGGUGGUUUUCUUAUUGCCUAGCACAUAUGGAAUCGGACAGCUCAAACUUACAGUGGCCUGUAGUAAUGUAAGAAGACACGAACUAUUGUUGAGGAGAUGCAACUGCUGAGUAGGAAUGAAGACUGUAACUCGACUUGUGUAUACAAUGAUAGACAUAAUCUAUUGCCCACGGUUUUUAAGGUAUUUGCUGUAGAAUGUUGUGAAUUUAUAAGAGUCAGUUUUCUAACUGUGUAAAAUAACUUACAGGUAUUAGUGUUUGCUUGAAUAAGCCUUAAAAGCGAAUGAGGCCUAAACCUCCUAAAGGGGUAUGAUGAGGAUAAGAUCCCAGUCAUGGGGUUCUUGCUGCAAGAAGUAAGCACUGAAGCCUGCUGCUAAAAAAAAAAACACCCCACCAAUAAUAUGCAAUUCCUUUGUAAAGAAUCCCUAUAGAGCUGUUCUGUUCUAGUUUUACCCUUUUUGCUGGAUUUCACUCCUCUUCAUAUUCUGACUGAUUUUUCUUUAAAGGAAACCUUACUUAUAUAAGCCCUACAGCACCACGAUAAAAGCAUUUUAUUUUUUUUCAUUAAUACCUUUAGUAUAUUUCAGUCAAUCAUAUUUGCGGUUGCUCUUUUAAAUCUUCUGAAACAUUAUGUACCUUUUUACAUGCCUAAGAUUCUGCGGAGUCUUUGGCAUUCAUGUAUUCAUAAUUUAUGUAGUCGGCACUGGAAAGUAGCAGCCAUUUUACCAGUCUGAAUAAUUUCCUGUCAUAAGUUGAUAGACUGUGGUGCAAUUAUGAGUUUCCCUUUCGAACAAGAACCAAUGCUUCCCAUUGGAGCAGGUUGCUUUUUAGGAGACACUGUGUUUGUUAUAGAUAUGGGUGCCAAAAAAAAAAAAAAAAGCAUAAAGACUUUUUUCUGAGUUCUUUUCCCAGAAUGCACUUUGACAAGCAAAAUCUGCAGAUGGCAGGCUUAUUUUACAUAUGUGGGUUUUAGGGUUUUUUUCUGAGACCAUUUCCCUCUCCAUUUGUUCAGAGUAAAUUUUAGAGAUCUUGUUAAAUGUGACUAGUUAUGAUAUUGCUAAAACGUUUUAGUGAUUUUGUUAAUAAAAUGUAUUUACCUAUUAAGUGAGAGGUGGCUUUAAAAUAACAAGCACCUAACUUUAGUGAGACAGCUGUCACUUCUGUUGCAUUGCAGCGGAAUGCUUUUUUUAGGCAAUAAGUGGUAUUAGACACAGAAAGGAUAUUAGGAACUCUUAAUAUGUGAGAUAGCCAGGAACAAGUAACUCUGUGAUACAGGGUUAGUUCCUUGAAAUCUUCUACCUCUGUGGUACUAUUUUUUCUCUCUCAUCCCAUUCACAAUUGAACUAUAUCAUUAUUUUGUGCUGUAACACUGUCUCCACUGAGCUGUGAAAAGCAAUACUAGCUGAAACCUCAUUUUGAACAGACAGAGUGAGAUGUGGGUCAUUUUGUUAGAGUUUUGCUUGUUUUCUCUGAAAAAAAACUUGGGAUAUAAAGCACUAUUGUGAAAGCACAGGAUUGUGGCAAUUAGUCUGUAUUUAAAUGGUUCAGGAAACCAGAGAGCUUUCCCCUGAUUGAAUAAAAUAUUGUGGCCUCAGUUUUUAAGGGGCUGGAUUUCUCAAGUUUUCAUUGCCAUCCAUGUUGAAGUACUAUGGGACAUUACUGCAGGAGAACCUGGUACAUGGAUAAGGUGAUGAAUUUUAGCUACGGUGUAAUGCUAAUGUAGUUUAACCCAUACAGGUUAAAAUUGUAUCCUUUAGCCAUUUACAUGAUGAAUGAUCUCUAUACCUAGUGCCCAAUCAUAGGGCCUAUUUUCUCACCUCUAAGCAUGGCAAGAUCAGGAAGACAUCUAAGAGGUUCAGACACUUUCUUUGCAACAUGUAAAAGGUAAUGAUUGUACUGGAAAUACCACCUUUUUAAAAAAUAAUAAUCUCUGCCCUACAUCUUCCUCACCAUCAAACCUUUUUAUGGUGACACAGGAUUGGGAGGUCCUCCAUUUAAAACAAACCUUUGUUCAGUUACCUUCUUAAGUGUACAGGGUGCAGCAUGCAUGCCAAAACCCAUUACUGAACUUAGUGCACAUAGAGGUAGUUGGUGGCGGUGGGCUGGGAUUAGCCACAACCUUUAGUAAUAUCAGCUCUGGUUUUGUACAGAUUCCUUUCCAACAAAUGGAGGUUGAUGAUUUGUCCCCAAUAUAUUUGGCCAGGUCUAUUUUGUAGCUGUCUCAAAUGAAAACAGAAUAAUUUAGAUGUAAUGACAGCAAGCUUGAAAUAUGGCUAUUUUUGAUAUGGUGUAAAUGUGUGUAAACAUAAUUGGGAAAACCAGUAUAAUCAAGUGAGGUCAGCAAGAAGUAAAUUUUGCACCUUUUUUUUUAUUUAAUGUUGACUAUUGUUUCUACUUCUGCCCCCAGUCUAAGUAAUGGGUUUGAAAUUACCAAGUUCAUAAAACUUUCUAACUUCAAAACUAGUGUGGUUUCAAGUAAUUGCAAAGACAAUAUAUCCUGCUGUUGUGCGACUGGCUGUUGUGCUCUCAAUGAAGAAUUCUUUAUGUAGAGGAUAUGCUUUAUAGUUUCUGUAUAAAACCAUUAAUGCUU